AUGUCGGCCCCCGCUGCCACAGCACAGCUCUACCUCAAGCAGGCCCGCAACAGCCCUAACUCGAAAGACUGCAUGGAAAUCUACGACAAAUGGGCCGCCACAUACAAUGACGAGGUCGGUGACUCGGCCCAGUCCUACGUCGCUCCCGUUCUCGUUGCCCAGGCUGCCAUCAAGUUCAAGUCCUCGAAGUCACCAGCCGACAGUGUGAUCCUCGAUGCCGGUUGUGGAACCGGUCUUGUGGGCCAAGCCCUUGCGAUUUCCGGCGCCAGAGCCAUCGACGGCAUUGACCUGUCCCAGCCCAUGCUCGAUAUUGCACGCGAUACCGGUGCCUACCGUGACCUGGCCCAGGCCGAUAUGAACAAACCAAUCGCCCAGAAGGACGAUACAUACGACAUCGUCUCAUGUGUCGGAACAUUCACUCUCGGCCACGUCGGCCCCGACCCAGCUCUUAGGGAACUCGUCCGAGUCACCAAGACCAAGGGUAUUGUCGUGGCGACAAUUCUCCAAGAGAUCUGGGUCCCCUUCGGAUUCAAGGCAGAGGUUGAGAAGUUGGAAGCGGAAGGUCUGGUGGAAGUUGUCUCCACGGAUUUGAUAGACUAUGUAAAAGGACACGGCGACAAAGCGGUUCUCCUUAUCCUCAAGAAAUCCCAGCGCGCCUGA